CCUGCCCGCCCGCCCGCCCGCCCGCCCGCCGGCUGGCUCGCCCGGCGCAUCCUCGCCGCCAUGCCCGGAGAGGCCCGCGCACCUGAGACAGAUGACUCUCGGAAUAUCUCCACUCCCUCUACCCCAAGUGGCGAGGCUCUGACUCCGCUGCAGAUCUCCCCGAUGGCUGCCUCUGCCUUCCAGGCUGACCCUCCGCUGGAUCCCCUCCUGUGCGGCAAAGGAGUCCCCGCCUUCCUGCCGGCCAAGAAAGAAGACCGCCCUCAGCCUGAAGGAGCCAGCUGUGACGCGGCCGUUGGCGGUGCGGCUGCCGGCCUGGCGGCCCUGACUGAAUGCGGGCACGUUCUGAUGGAACCAGACCCCAAAGUCCUGGAGGGGGUCCCAAAGGGUCUUGGGGCUCCUCUGACGAGUGUGGACAUGCUGGACACCAGGGUAGUUAUGGGGGAGGAGACACAGUGCCUCGCUGAGGAGGAAGAUGCGGGGACGGCUGAGCUGCAGGCCCUGGAGGCGGCCAUCUUGGAAUCCAGCUCCAGUGAGGCCGAGCAGGAUGAGGCGGACAAUCAGGCCCUGGAGGCCUUCGAGGACCUCCCCGUGCAGCCUCCCCGUAAGGUAACGAAAGGCUUGAGUGACCGUCAAGCUUGUCUCUCUCUGCCGGGCCUGCAGUCUCCAGAGCUGAUGGCAGCGGCACCCCUCUCUCAGGGUGACCCUCUGGCCGACGUGCCUUUCCCGCCUCCUGCACUUGCCAAAGACCUUCCUGAGGAGCUGGCCGAGGCCCAGCCCUUGCCUCUCAAGACCACGUGCGGCCUGGACCCCGAGCUCUACUUCACGGCUCCCUCAACCCCCAUCAAGACUGUCUUUCCCCUCCUCAGGCCUCCCCCUUUCUCCAAAGACAGUCUGAGCGAGGAGCCCGGCGACCUGGACAGCGAAGGCCUCUGCUCCACGCCCACCUCGCCCUCGGGGUCCUACAUCACUGCGGAGGGGGGCAGCUGGGCCUCGUCCGGCACCGCCAGCACCUCCCCGUCCUGCUCGCCAAACCUCAUAGCCGAGUCCGAAGCCAUGGAAGUUCCAGCAGACUGUGGCGAAUCUCUGCCAGAGCUGGAUCUUUCCGAGGGGCUCUUCAGAACGUCGUGUCAGUCUCCUCACCUGGAGAGAGAGGUGGCUUUCCGCACGCUGUCUUCCAGCACUUUGGUUCACGCUUUGUUUACCGCUGAGGACGACGAGGGUGUAGACGACGGGCAGACGACACCCGAGGAAGACGGAGACGACUGGGGUUGUGAAACGGCUGCUGCGAGAAUGGACUCCUGGCAUCCGGAACGGGAGAUAUUGUCAUGGCCGAAGAGCAGCGGAGGCUCUGCGGAAGAAGCAGCAGAACGGAGCCUCGAGGGUUCGGGCCACAGGAUCUUCAAAGGAGAGAGCUCGCCUGCUGGUGAUACUUCGGGAGAGCGUGUAGAACCCGCCCCCUCCCGCUGCUCCCCAGCUGCCUUCUCAGGGCUUCCAUCCGAGGGGCCGGCCAGUCCACCUGGGGUCUGCUCCUCUGAUGCCGACGUAUCUGGCAGGCUGCAAGCAGAGGUGGUCACUUCCCCGCUGGACGAUGGUGCGGUUAGCACGGAGAACGACCCAAUGAUCCCUGCGCUGCUUCUGCCUUUCCACGGGAGCCUCAUCUUCGAGGCAGAGGCCAUGGAAAUAACGCUGUUCCCCCAGGGGGAGCCGGUGGAGAACGACGUUCUCUACAGCGCAGAGGAUGACGACAGCACGUCUGCCUCCUUCCUCCACUCCCUGUCAGAGACGUCCAUCAACGAAGGGGUCGACGAGUCCUUUGCUUUCCAAGACGACACCUCCCAGUCCUCCGACUCGGCCUCCUACAACGGGGAGGAAGAUGAGCGGCUGUACAGCAUAGAGCAGUACGCUUUGGUCCCGGAUGCCGCGCAGCAAGAGGCCAAACCCCCCGUGGAGGACCCAGGGAUGGAGGCGUCCCACGUGGGCAGCGAGAGUGAGAUGGAGACCUCGUCGGACGCUUACAACACUGACGAGGAAGGAUCUGCGUCUGCCGCCGGAGGGAAAGCGUCUUCCCAGGGCCGACCGCAAGAGAACAAGACAUCCCAGGAGGAGCAGAUCCCAGGGAAUUCGAACCUUGAGCUCGCAGGCAUUGCCGCGUUGCAAGCUGUGCCAGAGCGAGAGGUCCCUGGUGAUGCUUCUGAAUGUUCUGGAAGAAGCAGCUACGCUGUUUCUCCCACUGGUCCAGAAAGGGGGUCUCCUCUCCAGCAGGACCCCACCGCAUCUCCUGGAGCGCCCGUUUGCAAGGAAGAAGACUCUCAAGGCGAAACGGGCUCCUCUUGCAGCUCCUUAGAGCAUCAGCCGCUCUCUGAUCUGCGAGAGGCCCCGGGAAGAGGCGUCCCUGAUUCGGGGGAAUGCCUGAUUGCUUGUUUCGAUACAGAUGAUGAAGCAGAGAACCUGCCUCCUUUGGACAGCGCCCCAGAAAGGCCUCAGCCAGCCAGUCAAGUGUCCGGUGAAUGGAUCGGCCAUGUUUGUGUGGGAGCUGCCAUCCCUCUGGGAUGGUACCCAAAACCAUACCAGCCUGUAGAGCUCUCGGCCACGGAGGCCACGGACUCACCCACCUUGGACAUCGCUGCCAGGCUGAAAGAAUCGGAAGAACGGCUGCUGGAACUCCUUGACCGAGACGAUGCUUCUGAAGGAGGCUCACCGGAACUGGGAAGGCAGGAUAGUGGAGUGCUGGACAUGGACCCAGAGAAGGGGACAGCUCCGUUUGUGUCCUUCCUCAAAUCCUCUGAGGCGGCCAUCUUGGAACAGCCAGAAGUGACUCGAGCGGAUGAGCCUGUGGGGGAAUGCCUGUUUGCCUGUUUUGAGUCCGAGGAUGAGCUGGAGGAAGCUUCGUCGCUGGAUCUGAUGAACAACAAUGAGGAUCACAUGGGGGUGACCUUCUCUGAGGCAGAUCCACAGCUCCUCAUUGGGUUAGAUGAAGCCCAGGAGAACACUCCCCUAGCUGCCUCAGAGGUGAUCGUGGAGACAGCAGCAUCUCUGCCUCAAGGAUCUCCUCUGCCCCACGAGAGCAUCCGGGUGCCUCCUGAAGACCUGGGUUGGGACCUCUAUGGGGCUCGGAAAGGUUCAGGAGAGCCUGAGGUGGAAUCCCAUGUCGGGCAGCAUCUUUCCAGCCAGAAGCAGGACUCAGGCAAGGACGCCCCUUCUGAACCUCUCCAGCAGUGCCCAGAGACCAAAGAGUUCAACGUGAGAGGUCCUCAGACCACUGAGAGCUGCCACGUGGCGCAUGGAGCUCAGGACGUAUCUAGAGAGCAUGAUGAGCAUGAGGGCUGGCUGGGAGGAGAAGCUGUUGAGCCUCAGGAAGCUUCUGAGAUGAUGGAAGAGGGACAGCAGUUGUCUACGUCGGCCUCAUCAGACCAGAAUUGGGAUACUCCUUCAGAGGAGGAGGAAGUUACCUCGGAAUAUGAAAGCGGAGCGUGGCUCAAGGCAGACUCUGUUUCCGAAAACACUCUUAGAGGUGCUGCCUCCUGUCUACACCGACUUGAAGCUCAACCCGUAAUCUCGGAGGCCCCGGGGCUGCCUGACUUGGUGUCUCUGGAGCUGCAGGGAGUCAGUGCUCCUCCAAGGGGCCUUGGACAGCCCAACCUGAGAGAUGAUAAUAUGAACCUAGUGCCAGCUCAGGGCAUUGAGGCUACUGAUGCAGUGGGUAAGACCAGUGGCCGUGGGCCAUUCUUGACCGAUUCUGGUGAAAGGAGGGGGUACCAGGAGAACGAGGUGGCAACUCCCAGUAUCGUGGCUGAUGUGGCCACCAGUGAGCCCAUUGAACGGACACAGCUCGGGAGCGCCCGGCUUCCAGAGCCCCUGACAGCAACCAACGACGCUGAACUGUCCACGCCACAAACAGCCGACUCUCUGCUCGCUUCUGAAAAGGACUGUUACUUAGACACCAGCGCUCAGAUCAGUGGGGCCUUUUGGAGCAGUCCUUCUGCAGAAAAGAGAGGGGACCCCCCCGUAAUCGGGGCCAGAGGGCUGCAGCUAGCAGAGAAGACGUUCGCUCAGGCCUUGCUUCAAGGCCUCACGUCGGCUUUGGAUCCUGAGCUCCUGUGGCAGGGAAAAGAUGCGGCCAAGUCUUCCUCAGAGCUGCCGGGGGUCUCUCCUUCACACUCGAACGCGGACUCCAGCUUCUUCACCGCUCUCGAUUAUAGUUCCAACGAGACCAUUGUGCUGGCUGCAUCUCCGGACUCCGAGAGAGCAGAUUGGCUAACUCCUGAGCAAGCCAAGGGCAGCGCAGUGUACGUAGUGGAGGAGAGUCCUCCUCUGCAGGAUCGGCGGGCAGCAGCCUCUGAGCCGGGGCCCCUCCUGUUUGAGCCGGAACCGUCAGCUGAGACUGAAGAGGGUCCUCCUCAGCCAAACGUGGCCGUGUGUCCGCAUCACGCGGCUCUUGCUAAAGAACAGGGCUUGGCCAGCUCGCGGCGUGAAAAGGCGCAAAAGAACGCAACGUCCGUGUCGAGUCGUAUCCAGCCUCUUUUCUUUGCUUCUGAAGAGGAGAUAUUCUUGGCCGAGCCCAAUCUUGCUCCGCAGGGCCACCCCCAGGCCGAAGCAGAGCAUGCUGGAGCAGCAGACUAUUCAGGGACCUUGAACCGUGGCCCAGCCGUGGCUGAUUCUGAGACUGUUGCUCUAGGGAGCUCGCCAGCCACGCGUGGCCGGCUCGAACCGCCUGGUGCCUUGCUGCAGCGUUCUGCUGGAGCGGUGGGGUCUCCGGAUGUCCUCACCGAUCAACAACAAAUAACCAGCAUACUGCAAGGGUCCUUCGGGAGCCGGAAGGAGCAGAGAACGGCCGGCGCUUGUCUCAAGAGCAGCCUGCCGGUAGCAGAAGCACAAAGUCUUCGUGGCAGCCUUAAAGGGGGCAUCUUGAAGAAUUCCUCUGGGAAACCUAUGCCUGACUCAGCGGGAGUCAGUCACCUAGGAGAGGCGGGCACUUCGACUCCUCUCGGGGGUCCCGCCGCUGGCCAAGACCACAAUGCCCCUUGGCCGACUGAGGAAGGAAAAGAUGGCGACCCGCUGGAGGCAGAGGGACUUGAGACUGCCCCCGAAGCUGAAGGUGCUUCCCCGUCUUCACAGGAAACCCCGAAGGGCGGCAGCUGCUCCCUGGUGACGUCUGUGUCGGAAGAGCCUGCCAAAGAGGGGAUCUGUUUCCCCAAAGAUGUUGGUGGGCCUCCAUCUCUCCGUUUGCCCAAGGAAAUGCCCCUUCGAGCCCUGGAUGCUGAUUUGUCAGCCAAAGUGGGAAACAGGGAGACCCCGGAAGAGACCACAGUACAGGACACCACAAGAGCCACUGGCAGCCCACUGGUGGUUGAGGGCGGGCAGGAAGGCGAAGCAAAAGCCGAGCCCUCGGAUGGUGCUGAAGGCGUGGGACCUCCUGUCGUGGAUUCUGCCACCUUCCUUCCUUCCGACUCCCCUUCCCCUGCAUCGCAGACCCCUCAGCCCCCCGGAGCUAACUCAGAAACGCAACUCCUUGCUCCUCCCGCGCCAGAGCUACCUGCAUCUCUUCCCUCGGAGCUGGCGUCUGUCUCCCCGCCUCCUCCUGCAAGCUCAGAGUCCCCCCAAGUGCCUGUGGUGUCACCCUCACCGAUGCCGCUGCCUUCCUCGAAGAGCCCGCCCCCAGGUCCGGUGCUUGCCUCCUGGCUCCCUGCUUCUUCCACAAACCCCGAGGAGGAGCCCACUUGUGCUGAAGAGACCCCCUUCCUCCUGCAAGACUCCAAGAAACCUCCAACGGAAGUCCUUCAGAGUGCUGGACCGUUCAUGCUUGGCCGAGACCAGCUUGCAGGUAGCAAGGAUUCCCGAGGUCGGAACCGGUUGCCUGGGAACAAAGACUCCAGAAGCAAAGACUCCCUCUCUGCCAGAGAGAAGAGAGUCGACCGCGGGGCCCUGCUGCUUGAGUCGAGCUCCUCCAGCGAGAGGGACCUGCCCUACCGCUGCCCAGAGAUCGAGAGCCUCAGGGAAGCCACUGGGAUGGCCCUCCUGGGCGAGAAGAAGCCCUCGGUGGGCAGGGGAACCCACGAAGCCAACCACAAAGAGUCCGGGAACGAUUCAGAAAGCAAUGAAGGGUCUCUCCCUGAACUGGAGGAGCCGGAGGUUUCAGAACCACGGACAGCUCAGACACAGGCACAACUAACACACCCCUUGGGAAUGGGCGAAGAAUCCAUCAGCAAAGCGAAACAGAGCCGGAGUGAAAAGAAAGCACGGAAGGCCAUGUCCAAGCUGGGACUGCGGCAAAUCCACGGCGUCACCAGAAUCACAAUCCGCAAAUCCAAGAAUAUAUUAUUCGUGAUCACCAAGCCGGACGUCUUCAAGAGCCCGGCUUCCGAUAUCUACAUCGUCUUUGGAGAGGCCAAGAUUGAAGACCUCUCCCAGCAAGUGCACAAGGCGGCUGCCGAGAAGUUCAAAGUCCCCAUGGAGCACUCGCCUUUGAUCACUGAAGCGGCCCCCACCCUCACCAUCAAGGAGGAGAGCGAAGAGGAAGAGGAGGUGGACGAAACCGGUCUGGAGGUGAGAGAUAUCGAGCUGGUCAUGGCCCAGGCGAACGUGUCCCGGCCCAAAGCAGUGCGGGCGCUUCGGCACAACAACAACGAUAUCGUCAACGCCAUCAUGGAGCUGACCAUGUAGCGACUGGCUGGCAGGUCUCCCCCCACCCCCAGCCUCUGCCCCCCCCUUCUGUAUAGAUGCACAGUUACUUCUAUCCAAUACAGCUGUCAUUCGUAAGGACUGCAAAUUACUAGUCCUGACUCUUCUGCAUUUGAGGCUGCUGCUGCUGCUGCUGCUGCUGCUCAAUAAACAGUAUAUUCACCUGAACUGCA